GGAGCUUCAUGCGCGCAGUACGUGACGUGUCCGUGAAGGGGCGGGGAGUUACCGGCUCCGGGCUCGCGGAGGUUCCCAGGCGAGGUAAACCGACCUCGGCGGGGCCGUCCGGAGAGGAGCAGCUGCCUGCUCCUGCUGGCUCGUUGGGCCGCUGGCCUGCUCCCGGUCAUGUCUCUGAGAAGCAGCCUCUCGAGGCUUCUUCAGAAGCAGGCGCAUUCCGUGCUCAAGAAAUCCGUUCACUCGGUGGCCGUGAUCGGAGCCCCGUUCUCCAAGGGGCAGAAACGAAGAGGAGUCGAACAUGGUCCUGCAGCCAUAAGAGAAGCAGGGUUAUUGAAAAGGCUCUCCAACUUGGGUUGCCGGGUAAAUGACAUGGGAGAUCUGCAUUUCACCCCUGUGACCAAUGAUGAGCUCUACAACAAUCUGAUUGUGAACCCUCGCUCAGUGGGCCUCGCCAACCAGGAGCUGGCAGAGGCAGUUAGCAGGGCUGUCUCUUCUGGUCACCACUGCCUUACUAUGGGAGGAGACCACAGUUUGGCAAUUGGUUCCAUUAGUGGCCAUGUCCAGCACUGCCCAGAUUUAUGUGUUAUCUGGGUUGAUGCUCAUGCUGAUAUCAACACACCCCUUACCACUUCGUCUGGGAGUCUGCAUGGACAGCCAGUCUCCUUCCUUCUCAGAGAACUGCAGGACAAGGUGCCAUCACUCCCAGGCUUCUCCUGGAUCAAGCCCUGUCUCUCGUCCCCAGAUAUCGUAUACAUUGGCCUAAGAGACGUGGAUCCUGCUGAACACUUUAUUCUUAAAAAAUACGACAUCUUGUACUUUUCAAUGAGGGACAUUGACCACCUUGGAAUCCAGAAGGUCAUGGAACAGACAUUUGACCAGCUGAUUAGCAAAAAACAAAGACCAAUUCAUCUAAGCUUUGAUAUUGAUGCUUUCGACCCAUCACUGGCUCCAGCAACAGGGACUCCUGUUGUGGGUGGACUGACUUAUCGGGAAGGCAUGUAUAUUGCAGAGGAGAUACAUAAUACCGGUUUGCUGUCGGCCCUGGAUCUAGUUGAAGUCAAUCCUCUCUUGGCUACUUCAGAGGAAGUGAAGGCCACAGUUGGGCUGGCUGUGGAUGUGAUCGCUUCGAGCUUCGGCCAGAAGAGGGAAGGACGGCACGAUGGCUAUGACCAUCUCCCCACUCCAAGUUCACCAGAUGAAUCAGACAGUGAAGAAUGUGUUCGAAUUUAGGGAGCUGGUAUUUUUUCCACGGGGUUCUUUCACAAUAGGCAUUCCAGAGUUCUAUA